CGCGGGUCGGAAGUGUCGCGUUGCCAUGGUGAGGCCGGGAGCGGGGUCCGCCCCCGCGGCGCCGGGUGCCGCGCGGGGUCGAGCGGCGCGCCGCGUGGCUUGAGCUGGGGUGCGGCCCGCGGUGCUGCAGGUGUGUGCAGCUGCUGGAAGGGGAGGCUCCCUUCAGGACAUGUUGGCAAGCUCCGUUGUCCCCUCUGCUCCCUAGCUACCUAGGAAUUCUCGGCCCUGGACACUGGCAGCCAGGACUGGCCCCAUGUUCAUUUUCUUUGGCCGCACUUCAUUAAUCCUAACGUGCUGAUUGGAAGACCAUACGGAGGGGAGGGCAUGGGAGGAGAGCAGACUCCCAGGGGCUGUCAGGGGCCCGGCAGUUGAUUGCCUCUGCCCUCCCUUCCUCUGGCAGAGUGCCAGGAAGCUGGAAGUUUGUUAUCUCGGUAAUUUUCUUCAGACCCUGGACUGAAGCCUCCCAGGUCUUAGGGCCACUUCCUAAAGGCUGUGCACCCUGAUCCCAAGAAGGAGGAGAGGUGCUUCAGGGGCACAGCACUGCUGGCUGGAGCAGCUGAGGUGUCAGGCUCCCCUGGGAACAGCUGCACCACCCCCACACCCUCCUUGCCCGAGCUGUGCCUGGACCUGGUUACAGCGUAGGCCCUCCUGACCCAGCCUUGCCAGGGACAAAGGGCACCUAGCCUUGGAAAGGGGAUGCCCUCAAGGGUGCCAGUUCAGCCAGCUGCCCCACCCCUCAGGCCUAGCCUGGCCCCUGAGUCCCCCACUGUGGUGCCCCAAGAAGUCCUGUGGGCAGACAUCCCCCACCAUGGCCGAGCACCUGGAGCUGCUGGCAGAGAUGCCCAUGGUGGGCAGGAUGAGCACCCAAGAGCGGCUAAAGCACGCCCAGAAGCGACGUGCUCAGCAGGUGAAGAUGUGGGCCCAGGCUGAGAAGGAGGCCCAGGGAAAGAAGGGCCAUGGGGAGCAGUCACAGAAGGAGGUAGCUGGCCAGGGGCCUCAGAAGCAGGUUCUCUUCCCUCCCAGUAUUGUCCUUCUGGAGGCCGCUGCUCGGAACGAUCUGGAAGAAGUCCGCCAGUUCCUCAGGAGUGGGGUCAGCCCUGACCUGGCCAACGAGGAUGGCCUGACGGCGCUGCACCAGUGCUGCAUCGAUGACUUUCAAGAGAUGGUGCAGCAGCUCCUGGAGGCCGGGGCUGAUGUUAAUGCUCGUGACAGUGAGUGCUGGACGCCUCUGCAUGCUGCAGCCACCUGCGGCCACCUGCAUCUUGUGGAACUCCUCAUUUCCCGGGGCGCAGAUCUCCUGGCAGUAAAUACCGAUGGAAACAUGCCCUAUGACCUGUGUGAGGAUGAGCAGACGCUGGACUGCCUCGAGACGGCCAUGGCUAACUGUGGUAUCACCCAAGACAGCAUUGAGGAGGCCCGAGCAGUGCCAGAGCUUCACAUGCUGGAUGACCUCCAGAGCCUGCUGCAUGCUGGGGCUGACCUCAAUAACCCCCUGGAUAAUGGGGCCACGCUGCUGCACAUCGCUGCUGCUAAUGGGUUCAGUGAGGCAGCUACCCUACUCCUGGAGCACGGAGCCAGCCUGAGCGCCAAGGACCGUGAUGGAUGGCAGCCACUGCAUGCUGCAGCAUACUGGGGUCAGGUGCACCUGGUGGAGCUGCUUGUGGCUCAUGGGGCUGACCUGAAUGGAAAAUCACUGUUGGAUGAGACACCUCUUGAUGUGUGUGGGGACGAGGAGGUGAGGGCCAAACUUCUAGAGCUGAAGCACAAGCAGGAUGCACUCCUUCGGGCCCAGGGCCGCCAGCGUUCCCUGCUGCGCCGGCGCGCCUCCAGUGCAGGCAGCCGCGGGAAAGUGGUGAGGCGGGUGAGCCUGACCCAGCGCACAAACCUGUACCGCAAGGAACAUGCCCAGGAGGCCAUCGUGUGGCAGCAGCCACCGCCCGCCAGUCUGGAGUCGCCAGAGGAUGAUGAGGACCGUCAGACAGACACUGAGCUCCGCCUGCCGCCCCCCGAGGAGGAGGACCCUAAGGUAGCCAGGACACACAACGGCCGCGUGGGGCUUCCCCCGGGACGGCACCUGUACUCCAAGCGGCUAGACCGGAGCGUCUCCUACCAGCUGAGCCCCCUGGAGAAUACUGCUCCUGAUGCCCUUGUCCGGGAUAAGGCUCACCACACCCUGGCACAGCUCAAGCGCCAGCGAGCUGCUGCCAAGCUUCAGCGGCCAACCUCGGAGGGGCCUCAGGUCCUAGAGGAUGGCCUGCGUGACACGGAGAGCUCCCAGACGGAUUGUGACUCCAGUGCUGUGGGGGAUCCACCCCUGCUCAAGCUCACAGCUCCCUCCGAGGAUGCCCCUGUGGAGAAGAGGCCAUGCUGCCUGCUCAUAACCAUGGCUUUGAGAGGAAGUGAUCAGGGCCAGGCUCCAAGGAAGGGGCUAAAGGAGAAGGUGCUGACGCUGGACACCAUGAACCCGUGCAUAAGGAGGGUGGAGUAUGCCGUGCGUGGCCCCAUACUGCUGCGUGCCCUAGAGCUGGAGCGGGAGUUGCGUCAGGGUAUAAAGAAGCCCUUUACAGAGAUCAUCCACGUCAACAUUGGGGAUGCACAGGCCAUGGGGCAGAAGCCCAUAACCUUCUUGCGCCAGGUCCUGGCCCUCUGUGUUCACCCAGAUCUCCUGAGUAGCCCUGACUUCCCAGAGGAUGCCAAGAGAAGGGCUGAACGCAUCUUACAGGCAUGCGGGGGCCACAGCAUGGGAGCCUAUAGCAUCAGCUCUGGUAUCCAGAUGAUCCGAGAGGAUGUGGCACUGUAUAUCGAGAGGCGGGACGGAGGCAUCCCUGCAGACCCCAACAACAUUUUCCUGUCCACAGGGGCCAGCGAUGCCAUUGUGACAGUGCUAAAGCUGCUGGUGUCUGGUGCUGGCCGCAGGCGCACUGGAGUGCUCAUUCCCAUCCCCCAGUACCCACUCUACUCAGCCGCGCUGGCUGAGCUGGAUGCCGUGCAGGUGGACUACUACCUGGAUGAGGACCACGCCUGGGCUCUUGAUGUCCCUGAGCUACGGCGCGCUCUGAACCAGGCUCGCGACCACUGCCACCCACGUGCACUCUGUGUCAUUAACCCAGGCAACCCGACUGGGCAGGUGCAGACGCGCGAGUGCAUCGAGGCCAUUAUUCGCUUCGCCUUUGAGGAGGGGCUCUUCCUGAUGGCUGAUGAGGUGUACCAGGACAACGUGUAUGCCGAGGGCUCGCAGUUUCACUCCUUCAAGAAAGUGCUCAUGGAGAUGGGGCCACCGUUCGCAGCACAGCAGGAGCUGGCCUCCUUCCACUCGGUCUCUAAGGGCUACAUGGGCGAAUGUGGCUUUCGUGGUGGCUACGUGGAGGUGGUGAACAUGGACCCUGCGGUGCAGCAGCAGAUGCAGAAGCUGAUGACGGUGCAGCUCUGCCCACCAGUGCCUGGUCAGGCUCUGGUGGACAUGGUGGUCAGCCCGCCUGCUCCUUCCGACCCCUCCUUCGCGCAGUUCCACGCGGAGAGGAAGGACGUGCUGGAUGAGCUGGCAGCCAAGGCCAGGCUCACAGAGCAGAUCAUCAACGCCACUCCGGGGAUCCGCUGCAACCCGGUGCAGGGCGCCAUGUAUUCCUUUCCUCGCAUCGAGCUGCCCCCACGCGCUGUGCAACGUGCUCAGGAGCUUGGCCUGGCCCCAGACAUGUUCUUCUGCCUGUGCCUACUGGAGGAGACUGGCAUCUGCGUGGUGCCUGGGAGCGGCUUCGGGCAGCGGGAGGGCACCUAUCACUUCCGGAUGACUAUUCUGCCCCCCAUGGAGAAGCUGCGGUUGAUGCUGGAGAAGCUGAGCCAUUUCCACGCCAAGUUCACUAGCGAGUACUCCUGAGGUCACUGCUGGGGCCGGGCGGGGCUUCCCUAGACUGACUUUGCCAUGCCAGGUCCCCUGGAACCCCCAAACUCCUCAGGACUUGCUUUGCCUGUGGGCUGAGCACCUGACUCUGACCCUCUAAUAAAGCUGGGUGUUACUCUGA